AACUACCAGCUUCAUUCAGGAGAGGUUAACGGCGGACUCCCCUCUGUGUCUGGCUUUUCCUCUGCCUCCACGCCGUACGGUGUCUCCAGUCACACGCCCCCGAUCAGCGGGACGGACAGCAUGAUGGGUAACAGAGGAACCACAGCUGGGAGCUCAGGAGACGCGCUCGGGAAGGCACUAGCUUCAAUUUAUUCCCCCGAUCAUUCUAGCAAUAACUUCUCGUCAAACCCCUCUACACCGGUCGGCUCCCCUCAGGGGCUUGCAGGCACAUCCCAGUGGUCACGAGCGAGCGGACAGGGUGCCUUAUCUCCCAGCUACGAAGGGAGCCUCCACACUUUACAAAACAAAAUGGAAGACAGGUUGGACGAAGCCAUCCACGUGCUGAGGAAUCACGCCGUGGGCCAGACAGCCGCCAUGCCGAGCAACCACGGGGACAUGCACGGGCUCCUGGGCUCAGCGCCGGCCCACAGUGCCACCGUGGGCAGCCUGGGCCAGGCCUUCCCCACCUCGGUCAUGUCCCUGGGGAACAGGCACCCGAGUUUGGUGGGAGGAGGUCACCCCGAAGAUGGGUUGUCCAGCAACCCCAGCAUGCUCCACAACCAUGUCACACUUCCGUCACAGCCCAGCUCACUCCCUGACCUCAACAGGCAGCAAGACACGUACAGUGGCUUGUCAGGGGGGCUGGGGCGAAGCAGCGUCUCCUCGGGAACCAGCGAAAUAAAGAGGGAAGAGAAGGAGGACGAGGAGAACACGUCGGUGGCAGAUAACUCAGAAGAGGAGAAGAAGGAGCUGAAACCCUCCCGGAACAGAACAAGGUGCUCUUUGAACAG